GGGCAAAACUUUUUCCGUUCAUUCGCCCUCUCCAUUUGAGUCUCAUAUCGACGCCGCAACUCUGUGCGUGUUACCGCCGGUUCGGGGACGGUGCGGAAUCUGUUGGUGCGAGGAGAAAGUAAAGCAAUCGCUGAUUAAUCCCUGAGAGGAGUCGCUUCCUUGCCUUUGCGGCGAUCAUGGCAGCGAAGAUUCUUGCUAACUUGGUUGUGAUGGGUGGGGGUAUCUUAGCCAGGGCUUUUGUGCAGGCAUAUCGUCAGGCCCUCGCAAAUGCUUCAAAAACCAGCAUCGCCCAGGAGACGGUACAGAAUGCUGUCCAUAGAGCACGAAAGGCCAUUACAGAACAAGAGGCGAGACAGAUUCUUGGUGUCUCUGAAGAAACCGUGUGGGAAGAGAUAUUGAAGAAAUAUGAUGUAUUAUUUGAGCAGAAUGCCAAGAAUGGUAGCUUUUACAUUCAGUCGAAGGUUCACAGAGCUAAGGAGUGUUUGGAGACUGUAUAUCGCAGCAAAGCGGGUGCUUCUCCAAGUUGAUGAAGGAGCCAUUUCUUCUUUUACCUUCUCCUCCAUUUGAGUGAUGUUCUCUGAUGAUACUUGUAUCAUUCAGCUAGUUGUCAGUGCAACAACUGACUUGUUGACAUAAGAUUUAGCUCAUUUUGUACAUUUAAGAAUGUAUUCGUUGUUAGCACUUCACUUAGUGAGGUCACAAUUUUGGAAAAAGAAAGGCUUAUGAAGGAAUUGACGGUUACUUUGUACGAACGGAAUGACGGCCACAUUUUACGAACGGAUCCGCAUUAUGCCUUUUACUGGGACCUUUCCACAUC